AUGCAAGUAUCGCGCACAGUCUACCGCGCCGCUCUCCUCCACCUAUCCAUCAACCCCUUCGUACGCGCCUCGAUCCCAGGCACUAGUUGGACAUCCCUCAACGCGGCCCAAUCGCCAAACGCCCGGCUCUACAGCAUCCUCUUCCCGCAGUGCACAACCACCUUCAAAUCAGACUGCACGCGCCAAACACGCACAAUGAGUGACUCAUCCUCCGACUCCGCUGCUGCUGCUGCUGCCGCUGCAUCCUCAAACUCCGCUACCCAAAACGCAGACACCCAACACCAAGAGACCCACGAACAAGAACAAGAACCCAAAAAGAACCUCUACCUCCCCGCCAGUGACCCCUUAAACCCCAUCUCAAACCAACAAGGUGAGGGGAGCAUUAAAAUCGAUAUGAGCGGAGGCGGGACGGAGGUCAAAUUGGACCAUCUGGGUCCGAUGGUGGUUAAUGUGGACGGAACGUUGUCGCAGAUUGGCAACUGGCAGCAGAUGACGGAGAUUGAGAAGAGUAAUACUAUGCGGGUUCUUGGAAAGCGAAAUAAGAAGCGAUUGGAGGCUUUGAAGGCUAAGGAGAAGGCGGAGGGAGGGUCGGAUGAGGCCUGA